AUGGAGUUGCGGAUGCAGUUAUGCUUCAUCUUCGUAUUCUGUAAUAUCAAUUCAAUUAUUUCGAGAAAAGAUGCUCGCACGGAUAGUAUUUUAGCUGGAAUUGUUAAUGAAUUUAUGACUGAUUCACAGCUUCAACUUAUAAUCGAUCUUGACCUAUUUCAUUCAUUAUUUACUGGUGAAUCAGAAAGAUUUGAGACGAAUCAACUUCUUGGCUAUGUUGAAGAACUGCAGAGGUAUGAUGUGUCGAUUGGAUGCUUAGUGGAUGUUUCACAUUACUUAUGGUCGGCAAUAAAGUACGGUCGCUCACUGAAAGAAAAUGAACGCUGUUCCAAAUGUUUAUGCAAUGGAACUGAUGCCAGAAUUCGGCGAGAAAAUCAGUGGAUUUUUGAUGUACUUGAUGCAAUGGGAAAAGUGCCUGCGGGUAUCCUGGAUGGGAACAAUCUUUGGAUUGGCUCUUGGAGUGUGUGUAGAAAGAUAUCCGUUGUGAAAAAUCGUCAAGGCCAACGAUGGUCAGGACAGUACUGCUUGGCUAGUAUUUAUCCAUUCGAGAAAAACAAUCCAUUUAAAAAUUUCUCGGAUUCCAUUGAAGCAGACAAAAUUGAUAAGCAAUGUUUCACAAUGAUUCCUCUCGUAAAAUAUGGAAUUUGUACACCCGAUUCAUGUACCAAUUAUGAUGUGAAAAAGAUCAUUGAAUUCAUCGAAUCGUUCAGCGAAUAUAAAAUCGUAUGUAAUGUUGAAAUCGAAUGUCGAAAUAAUUUACCACAAAAUCAGCUCUCCCACGACAAAAAUUCAAUCGCUGUUUUUAAAAUAACUGAAAAAUUAAUUCAAGGCUGGUUUGCUGUAAUACUUCUGUCGUUCUCAGUUUAUACGAAUGGUAAGAAUAUCUUGCUUACUAAAAAACGUGAUAAGCAAAUUCAUUGUUUGCAUGGUACUAGAGUUUGCAGUAUGUUGUGGAUUAUACUUGGCCAUACUUAUUAUUAUGUUGCUGCAAGCCUUACAAUGGAUAAUCUUCUAUCUGCAUUAAUUAAAUUUCCCCAAAAAUUCUUUAAUCUAUUAGUUGUUCAAGCGCCGUUGGCCGUCGAUUCAUUCUUCUAUCUCAGUGGUAUGUUAACUUCUUAUCUCUUCCUGGAGAAAUUCUCAGUGCAGGCUGCGAAAGGCAAAUCUAUUUUCUCUAUUGAUAUAUGGUCACUUUUUUAUAUUCAUCGAUACAUACGGUUGACACCGAUAUAUCUAAUAAUAAUGAUAUUGGACGUAACACUGUUCACUUAUGUUUCCGAUGGUCCUUUUUGGAGGCCGAUUGAAUCGAAUUAUUGCCGUCGUAGCUGGUGGACGAAUCUCAUUUAUCUCAACAAUUUCUUGCUGCAAGAUGUUGAAGUUUGCAUGGGUUGGACGUGGUAUUUAGCGAAUGAUAUGCAGUUCCAUCUGUUCGCACCAAUACUUCUGAUAACUCUUUACAAGAAUUGUCGAAUCGGUAUCGCACUGUGUUUUUUACUAAUUCUGGGCUCAUCAAUUAUACAUCUUAUAAUCAUAUUAAUAAACGAUUAUCCGCCAGCGCCGCUUCUUACUUCGAAACUUCAAAUAGUGCAAAAACUUGAAACCUAUUGGCCAGAUGUCUACAUAAAGCCGUAUAUUCGAUGUACUCCAUAUAUCAUGGGAAUACUUAUUGGAUUUGCCUUAUAUAAAUUCACAUUAAAGCCGAAAUUCCCAAGAUGGAAAAUGGCUCUUGGCUGGACUAUUUCCAUAAUAUUUGGCCUAUAUUCGGUUUUCGGACUAUAUGAUUAUGCACGAACGGGUGAAAUUUCGUCAACGCAUCGAAUAUUGUACACACUUUUCGGUCGAAAUGCGUAUGUCAUAAGUAUUGCUUGGAUAACUUUUGCUUGUGCAACUGGAUAUGGAGGAGCAGUAAAUGUGCUUCUAAGUUGGAAGGCAUGGAUACCACUAAGUCGAAUAACAUUCUGUGCCUAUCUUAUACAUCCAAUACUUUUGCAGAUUUAUUACUUAAGUCGACCCCAUCCAUUUCAUCUCACUACAGCUUAUCAAAUGAUGUAUCUGUUUGCUGUUGCGGCUCUAAUGGCCUACUUCUCCGGAUUCUUUUUAAGUUUAGCAUUUGAAGUACCAGUAUCGAUUAGUGAAAACUUCAUUGUCAGUGAAUUAAUGCAUCGACUAGGACGACCAUCGUCAUUAAGGCCAAGUACCACACCAAAUAAACAGCUGCAAAAGACCGAAAAUGUUCAUCUCAUCACAAAAACAGAAACUUGUGGAAAGGAUUUAACAUUAGAAUUAGAACCAAGAGUUGAUGGUACUAAAGACAGUUAA